CCCAAACUGGCGAAAGCGUUUAUAUGUCUUAUUCGCAUCCCACGACCUCUGCUGUGGUUGCCCCUAUCAGCAUUGCCCCCUUUUGGGAUUCCACGAUAUGUAUAGAACCCCAGGAACAACGGCGUUCCUGCUCUUUUGCGCUCAGCGACCCCCAUUCAUCGUAUUCUCAAGAUCUGACUCGCUUUCAUCAUUGGGGACAUGAAAUUGGCAGAGCUGGGUGUACUAAUUCCUUCUUUGCCGGAGACCGUCGCUAGCAUUACUGCGGGCGCGCUUAACACUGUGGCCACUGCUAAGGAUGCAGAGGCUGGUCUGCCUGCCAGGCACAAUAGUACUGUUGCGGGGUCUCUACUGGUAGAUAUAGAUAAUCACAUCAUCGGAACAUGUGGGGCAAAAGAACUUGCUGUGGCAGCCGCCUCUACUCUUGUUGCUUUGAAAUCUGACAAUGUUGCCGAUGCUGCAGGUGAUGCUAUCAGUAUUGGUAUUGUUGCCCCUACUGUUGCAGCGCAAACUCUCCAUUCGAACUUCGAUGCGGAAUCAGGAUCUCUCAUAAGCGCGCGUUCGGAGGAAAGCACUCUCCUACCAGAUAGCUCCUGUGGGUCCGCAAUGACAUUAGUUCCUUCCACGGAUGUUACGUCUCCUUUGGAAGAAUGUGACUCUCCAACUGAGGAGGACGUUUCAAUCGAACUUAGGGCCCCGCUGGAACAAGCCGUCCGCUUCCAAGAGUGCCAAGACCCAGAAGGACAGGGAGAACAACAUCCUUCCUCAAUUUUCGCUGAAAACGCCAACACAGCCAACAUCACCGUCGCCGAUCCCGCGCUCACGACAAUCCCUAUUCUCCCCUCCGCCGAAAAUACCCGCCCAAGCACUUCCACGAAGCCUCCUUACUCCCUCUUCACUCUCCCUAAAACAUGUGUCCACAUCCUUUCAAACCCCUGCCUUGCAACAGCAAUCGUCGUCACAUUCCGUUGCUUCGGACAAGUGGCAAUGGGGAUCGUUCAUCGAUUUGUCGUUCUUGAACUUGAAUCCCCUCCAUCUUCUCCUGUUUUCGAGGAGGAAGAGAUGGAGCACAAGUGGGUUCGAUUUGAUCGGAGGCCUGACAGGAAUGUGCCUCUUGCCAAGAUUGUAGCAAGUGGGGCACGAGCAAACGACUCGACCGUGUUCGGACGAACGAAGGAAGACGUCCUUUUCAAUUAUCCCGCUACGCUCGAAUGUCAAUUCCGUUUAAAGAAAACCGUCCAACUUCAAUCUCUCGUUCCAUUCUUUCACAUAUUCAUGCAGACCGUACCGAGAUAUCGAUUUUGGAGGGAGAACUGCUGGUUCUUAAGUUCCCUCAUCGCAGGCUUAUUGGUCCGUCUUGGGGAUGGACAGUUCGAAUUUGGAAAACUUAUCUAUCCGAAUAUCGCGCCUGAAUUAAGAAGGUAUCUGUAUUUGAGGUAUUUGGUUGAGACAAACGCUCCGUUAGAUUCAUUGACAGAGGUGGAGCAGGUGGAGUCAUUGUUGAUCAAGUAUCAUCCUGGGAAGCAAGAUGGUGCUGCACUGGUCAAGCUAGUACGUCGUCCCUAUCUAUUGAGUAACUCAAGCGUGUGGUUUCAGCCCGUCUCGUUUGAUAGAAGUCUGGUGCGCUGGUGCAUGACAGUGCGUUGAAUGUUUCAGGGAUGACGAUUGCUAGUGUCAGGGAACGAUUUGCUAUCUUUGGACGCCACUUUCUUCGGAACAUCUUGCAUCUCCCCCGACCGAC